AUGCCUCAACGGCCUACUCAAGAGAUGUCCACAUCUCUCUCAUCCGUGGUAGCCCACGCCCUCUCCACCAUCGCCGAACCAACCCCCGAGGACCCCAUACGCCAGUGCACAAAACACAACCUCAACGCCCUCCACGACAUCCUAUUCAAACGCCAUGAUCUAGCCCUCAACCUCGCCGACGCGAAACUACGCGUUUUCCCCUUCAAAGAUGUGGAUACUUGCUGGAGACGACUGUACACGGACGCGAGUAUCGUGAAAGCCUGUCUGGUGAUUGUUGAGAACUGCGGGGCGCUGGACGACGAGGGGGAUAAUAAUGGGAAGGGAAAAUAUAAGACGGGGAAGGAACUUUGCACGCGGUGGGUUGAGAGGCUAUUGGAGCAGGGGAGUGGUGCGACGAUAAAGUGGAAGAUUCACCCCAACGCGUGGUUAUCACCGACUAUCCAUAUGCUCGAUAAAGCGUUAAUAAUGACCGGUGCGCCGUUACGCGAAGCACUCAUCGAAAGCCUCCUAUCUACUCUCCAAGCUGCUACGUCACAAACCGCAAACGCCCAAGAUGAAGAAAGCGAUGACUCGGAUUGCUACCACGCUGCUAAACGCAGGAAGUUCUCCCCUCCGCUCUUCCCACCAGAUACGACUCCGUCCAUGCGCUUGAAAUCUCCGAUCCCCCGUCUCUCAGCGCCCUCGUUCGACGCCAUCGAGCACCAUAUACAGGAUGUCCGGACGCCGCUGGUAAUAACGGAUGCGGUGGAGCAUUGGCCCGCCAUGUCGGCGAGGCCUUGGUCGUCACGGGAUUACUGGAUGGAUCGGACGUUUGGUGGUAAGCGGCUGGUUCCUGUGGAGGUUGGGAGGUCGUAUACAGAUGAGGGAUGGGGGCAGAAGAUCAUGGAGUUUGGGGAGUUUGUGGAUAGGUUUGUUUGGAGGGAUGAGACAAUGUCGGGGGAGGAUUCUGGUCAGACUGGGUAUAUGGCGCAGCAUGAUCUUUUGUCGCAGAUUCCAGCGUUGAGGAAGGAUAUUUGCAUACCAGAUUAUUGCUAUGUUGAUCCUCCAACGCCGGAACCAGGGACGCCGGUCUACCUGAAGAAGCAGCAGGAACAGGCAGAGAAGGCCAAAGCGAAUGGCGCGAAAGACUCCGAAGGACAAAACGGAACAAACGGCCACGGCAGCAACCGAAGAAACUCAGAAUCUUCGGAAAUAAGCCUCCCAGGCGACCCUAUAAUCAACACCUGGAUCGGCCCCGCAUGGACUAUAUCACCCCUCCACCACGACCCAUACCACAAUAUUCUUGUCCAGGUAGUGGGCGCCAAAUACGUUCGUCUAUAUUCACCGCGCACGCCAGCCUCUCAAAUCUAUCCUCGGGGAAUGGAAGCCGUCACUUCAUCCCCUACAAAGACUCAAGCAGGACCCCAAGAACAAGAGCCAAACCACCAGCUCAUUGACAUGUCGAAUACGUCGCAGGUCGACUUGACAUCCAUUGAGCUUUCCCCGGCUGAAGAAGACCAGUGGGAUGCACUCUGGCCUGGGUUUUUGCAGGCGGAAUAUGUCGAGACUGUGCUCAAGGAAGGGGAAUGUCUUUACAUACCAGUUGGAUGGUGGCAUUACGUCCGGGGAUUGAAGGCGGGUGUCAGUGUUAGUUUUUGGUGGGAGUAG